AUGAUGUUCAAUAUGUGCUUGGCCUUUCUUACGACCAAGAAGAUCGAGAAGCUCGAAGGCGAGGCCUACGUCAACGUCCGCAAGGGGAAGAUAAUACCCGGGUACGAGCUGAACUUGGUCCUAUCCUACGAGGCCGUGGCCAAGGAUUCCGACGGGACCUCGGUGGUUCUGAGCACCGAGGGUUCCGUCGAGGUGCCCUACAUCUCCGAUGAGAAUGCCGGCGAGGAUCCAGAGAUUCGAAUCACCAUCAAAGACGAUGGGCCAGUUGGUAAGAGGUUGAAGGAGGCGUUCAUCGCCAAGGGGAAGCCCUUUGUGUUCGAGAAAAUCAGGGAGUAUGUUGAGGCAAUGGCGAGAGGGGGCCCCGCUAAGGAGGAUUUGGAAGUUAAGAAAGUCGGCUCGAAAAAAGCGGCUGUUGGAUCUGGUGCUGUGGCUAGUAAUGCCGCUAGCUCUGGUUCGGGCGUGAAGGAGGUGAAGAAGAAGGAGGAAAAGAAGAAAGAGGGGUUUAAGACCAUAACGAUGAGCGAGAAGUUUAGUUGCCGUGCUAGGGAUUUGUUUGAGAUCUUAAUGGAUGAAAAUAGGUGGAAAGGAUUUACACAGAGCAAUGCAAGGAUCAGUAAGGAGGUAGGAGGAGAAUUUAGUAUUUUUGAUGGGUCUGUGACAGGGAAGAAUCUGGAGUUGCAGGAAGGGAAGCUGAUUGUUCAGCAAUGGAGAUUCGGGAGCUGGCCGGAUGGCAUUGUGUCGACGGUGCGCCUUAGUUUCGAUGAGCCUGAAUCUGGGGUUACGAUUGUGAAGCUCACACACACUGAUGUACCUGAGGAAGACAGGUAUGGUAAUGCAACUGUUGUGGAGAAUACUGAGAGGGGUUGGAGGGAUCUUAUAUUCCAAAGGAUACGAGCAGUUUUUGGCUUUGGAAUAUGA